AGAUGACAGAGUGGCUGUCGUGACGCUGUGGUUGUCGAGUUUUAGGGGCCAGAAUAAAAGGGAGACCACUCUAAAGCCGAGACAAGGCGAGAGUUAAAGUACAUGAGCUGCCUUCACUACAAGAGACAGGUAACCAAGAAACUGAACAUAUUAACGUAACAAUCCAAGACAAGUAACAAUCAAGUUUAGACAUCAAGAAACUACUACAUCAACUUCUUGUGAACUCUGAAACUUAAGAUGUUAGGAAUGAAACCUUUUGUUUUCGCCCUGUUGGUCGCCUGUACGACAGCCCAAAUGCUGCCCGUACCCUCGUUCUUCAACGUCCCCGCCACAGCUUUCAACCCUGGAGGACGUGUGAACUUUCAAGGUUUAUCACUUGGAGAUAUUUGCAGAAAGCUAAUGAUGUUCGGUGGCAAAGAAGCUUUGUCUGACGGAAUGGGCGCUGCUUCUAAAUACUUCCACACACAGAGAGUGAGCGGAGCGAUGGCUGGAGGCAAUGACCCACAGAUGCAGUGCCUGUACAACCAAGCCACUGGCAGUAUGAUGCCAGGAAUGGCGGGAAAUACAGAUCCAGGAAAUAUGUUUGGAGAUUAUUUCGAUACAGUAAUCGAAUACCCAAUGAUCCUUGACCCGUGCUCAAGGCCACAGUGUAACGGCAAGGUCAACCCCACUGUCCUCCUCAUGCAGAUGUACGCUCCAAUGAUGCGGGGGAUGGGUGGGAUGGGCGGGAUGGGUGGUAUGGGGGGCAUGGGGGGUCUCUCAGGAAUGGGAGGAAUGGGAGGACUGCCUGGAAUGGGAGGCACUGGAGCCAUGGGAGGAUCCAACCCAUUUGCAUCGAUGAUGGGUCAAAGUCCUUUAAUGGCCGCCCUUAUGCCUGGGUUUGGAGGCAACACAGCCCCUAAAUCUACCGGGUCAGCAGCCACGCCUGCAACACCUGCACCACAAACAGCCCCAGCCACACCCGCCACACCUGCACAUCCAGCCAACAACAUGGCCCAGAUGAUGCAGAUGUUCCAGAACCCACAGAUGGCUCAGCUAUUACAGCAACUCAUGAUGCAACAGCUAGCUGGGGGCAAGACGCCCGCCGCAGGUUCGAGUCCCGCCCAGCCGUUUGGUGGAGGUUUUCCUGGGAUGUCGCCCUUCUUUUAACCCAGUACCCAGCAGCAGUUAUUAUAUUUAAUGUGUUGAGUCAGGCACUGGAGCAGUAGGCAGUCACUGACGAAAGCAAUUGUUUAGUGUAAUUUACAAUAAAUUUUUACAUUUAAAUUCA